CUGUGCCAAUCACACAUGAAACCAUAAAAGACUGCCAUGCAACCCCCACGAAAGUUAGUAGAAUAAGCUGUUAUUGGUGGUGGGAAAUUGUGUUUCAUACAGAAAGUACACUUUUUCAGUUUUUUCGGCUUUUUUCCGCCUUCUCGCCGUUAAAUUUAGUUCAUGGGGAUAUCGAGGCCUUGCAGCCGGAAUGGAGAGUUGUUUAUGUACGAACCGGUCCACAGGGGUUAGGAGUGUAUUGCAUACAAUGUGUUUGGACGGUAAGAUGAAACCACCAAUACCAGAUCAAUAUCGCCAUCUGCCCGCCUUUGGGCUAGCUAUACCUCAAAAUUGUAAUAGGCGAAAUCCAGUGCCAGAGUUUCCGGUAUGAGGACGAGAACGAAAGGGGGUGUAGCGCAUCUCUCGGAUUCUACCAUAUCUGCACAAAGUCGCUGUAGCAGCCUAUGGAACAGGCGAUGUGAAGUGGUUACGUUUUGUGAUGCAGGCACCUACGCAUCGCCAAGCAGUGGGACUUUUUCGGCUUUUUACGCAACCCUGAAUAGCCGACCCCUGCUCUGGGCAGAUGAGAGAUAUUUUUGGUGAAAGUCAGGGCUGUCAUAACGGAUAUCGGGAAACUGGGAGUUGAUUAAAACUGUGGACAUAAUCCUUUUACCUCACCAAGAAACCUCCUCCGCAGCCAAAGUGUCAACCCUACAUCCUGCUCACUGAAGCUCUGUUCCAAGAGAGUGAUCUAGGCUUUGUUUGGUACUAUUCAUCAUUUUAAAGCUGGCUGCAGAAGUAGCAGUCCUCCCUGAUCACCAGACCUGAUUUGACCUGUUAAUAUUUUAGCUCAGCCAGCCAGCUCUGCCUGGCCUCCUCUCCCCACCACCUCCCCUCACGUUGUUGCAGGAGCUGAGCCUCUGCUGCCCAGGGAGGGCUCCCGACAUGUCCACCAAGGCGCCCAUCUAUCUGAAGCGGCGGAGCAGGAAGGGGAAGAAGGAGAAGCUGCGGGAUAUCCUUUCCUCUGACAUGAUCAGUCCUCCGCUGGGGGACUUCCGCCACACCAUUCAUAUCGGGAGCGGCGGGGGGGACGAUGACCUGUUUGGGGACCUGUCCUUCCUGCAGGGGAAGUUCCACCUUCUCCCUGGGCAGCAGGGCCACAACCUGUCUCAGCGUUCCUCCAUGUACGCAGAGCCCUUCCAGUUCAGCCGUACUGCCAGCGAUAGCGGACACACACCCUCCUCAGAGCGCUCCCCCCUGCUGAAGAACGCCCUCUCGCUGCCCGUCAUCGAAGGGGUGCAGGCCAUCACCCUACCAGUCACCUCUGCACCCUCCUCGGCCCGCCCCCAUCCGCCUCAGAACGCGCCCCCUCCACCCAAGCCUCCCCGACUGCACCUGGAUGACGAGAUCCUGACGCCCCAUCACCCAGGCCUGGACUCAUCUUCUCCCUCACAGGCUCCCAGCAAGAUGUCCCAGUUCUGCCCGCCCUCCCCCAGGUUGUCAUCAGGCGAAGAUGUGUGUAUCCAGGACCCUUAUCUGGAUGAUGGGGACCAGGAGCGCCCCUACCUGUCCCACGCAGGCUCCCUGCUCUCCCUGCACCUGGACCUGGGCCCCUCCAUCCUGGACGACGUGCUGCAGAUUAUGGAUAGCCAGCGCCUCAGUGGCCUCAACGGAACCUGUCUGCAGGGAGGGCGGCAGGAGCUCUACACCUGACCAUGAGAAGCCCUCGGCCCUCUGUCCUCCUUACUGACCUCCUUAGCGUAUAAGAGGAGGUUCUGACCUCAACCAAGCCUUGCUGGAUUACAAGGCUGGAUUUGUACAGUAGUACGCUCAAAUGAAGUGCUUUUUUUCCUGGAACUUAACUUCAGUUGCUGUUAGUGUUUUAAUUGGUAUUGAAUAUCUUUCUACACUUUUCCAUGCAAAUUACUUAAUAUAGUAAGUACGAAAUGAAGCGACCAUGAGCCAAAAGCUGACACUGUUAAAUCUCCUCUGCCCUUCCUCCAAAGAGGAUAUGAAGAAACCGGUGAAAGAAUAUACUGCUGGUCAGGAACUGAGGUCAGCAUGUAUCUGACUGGGAUCAUAUUUGUCAGUGGGGGUGAAAUGGUAUUGUAAAACCUGAAGGUCACAGUCUUUUUUUUUUACUGCACCUGAGCUGUGGACUACUGUCCGUGCUCCUGAGAUCACAGUUUGGUGUCUGUGUCACACAGAUUUAUCCAGCUUACAAAGCUGUUCUGGAACUGACAUUCUAUUCAUGGUUGGAUAUACAUUAUCAAAGACACGCUUAUGGAAAGAUGAACUGUACAACAGGGAGGGUGUCUGCCGAGUUGCAGUGCCUCAGACCGCUGCGCAUCUCAGUGCAAGAGGCAUCACUACAGACCCUGGUUCGAUUCCAGGCUGUAUCACAACCGGCCGUGAUUGGGAGUCCCAUAGGGCGGCGCACAAUUGGCCCAGCGUCGUCCGGGUUUGGCCGGGGUAGGCCGUCAUUGUAAAUAAGAAUUUGUUCUUAACGGACUUGCCUAGUUAAAUAAAGGUUAUAUAUAUUUGUUUUAAAUGUCUGCAAGGACAAAGAUCCAGAGUGGUAGAGGAGGUCACAUCCCUGAGUCAGAUGUGUCAUUUUCCAGCUUUUGUUAUUUUUAAUGCAAGAAUGUGAAUGCCGUAACUUUGCAUCAGAAGAGACGAUGAGUUUUGGAGAGCUCAGUUCUAUAUCUUUUGACGUUUCAGCAGAUCUACAGAGAGCUGCUUAAACUGGCCCUCGUGCUCUGGUAAUUGAGAUGUUGAGCACGUUUGGAGAUUAUCUCACCGCUGUAGCCAAGUCCUUGUGUUGCUCAAACUAUCUCUGUACCAACACAGUGAAGUUCUGAAUCAGACUUUUACCAAUGUUAUUUGGAAUUCUUGUUACAAGAUACAGGGAGAGGGUUUUAAUUUGAUCCAGAUUGCUACAGCAGGAAAAUAAUACUGCAGCAACAGGAAAUGUGAAUUAUUGUGUGGAUCAUCAUUAAUGGACAUUCUUGUAGGGGUUGAUACAUUUUAAAUCUGCAAUUUGUGGAAAUUACAAACUAAUACAGUACAGGAUAGAGUUGCCAGAUCACCGUUUGCUUCAUGGAGUAUACAGUACCAGUCAAAAGUUUGGACACACCUACUCAUUCAAGGGUUUUUCUUUAUUUCGACUACUUUAUACAUGGUAGAAUAAUAGUGAAGACAUCAAAACUAUGAAAUAGCACAUGUAAU